GAAGAAUACUUUGGGAUUGUUUAUAAUCCAAAUUAAACUUCCCUGCGUUAGGGUAGACAACAAAACUGCAACGGACUCUUCCUAACAAGUUUUAGAUCAAGUGUUGUGUCAAACAGGUACCAUUAUAUUUAGGGUGCCAACAUACAAAUGGGAUUAAUAGUUACAUUCGGUACCCCGUAGUUUUUCUACAUUCAACAAACAAGACGAUAAAAACAUCACUUUUACCUUUAUGGGGUUGAAAUGUUCGAGUCUUCCCGCCAGUAACGUUUGCCUUUUCAAUAUAUAUAUAUUUUUAAAUUCAUUUAAGCGUGAUUUUACGGAUUAAAGUGGACGAGCUCGACCAAGAAAGAGGUGACUUGCAUUUUUUCUCUAACCCCGAGUUUAGACUGAAAGGCGAUUGCAACUCCCUGCUCCUUUACCGGUAUUAGCAGUUUCAAUGCCUUAAUAGUGUGUGGAAAGCUUGACAAUAGCCAUCUGUAAACGACAUGUUGGGGGGUGUUGCGUACAAACUGCAAAGCAUCACGAAGACGCGCUGCCUGGGAGACGAGAUCUGGGGCAGACGCAUUCGGCUUCAUUCAAUAGAAAUCCACGCUAGUUGUACACAUUUGUCUCCCAGAAGUUCGUGCAUUUUAAUCGAGAUGAUGCAGAAGUGGGGCCCCGCCUACCGCGCAUGCAGCUGCCGCUUGUGGUAGUGAUGAUGAUGAUGCUGGCGUGCAGGGGAGGACCAAUGACAGCGCAGGAUGCUGAAGGAGGCUGCUGGGCUGAAUGGAGGCGACGGGAUGCCGUCUGUGUAGCAGCACGGGAGAGGAAUUAACAUCGAUGGAGGUGCCUCCCAGGCGUUCCCUGCGAGUUUGAGGCACCCCGACUCCCACGGCAGGAAAUCACCUCCCCCAUGUGCGGUUCAGCCAGCCUGUGCAGUAUCAUCGCAGCGUGCCCCCGUUAAGGACCCCCUGGUGGCCUUGUGGCCCACUCACGGGACAUGUACGGCAGUGCCAGAGCUGUAAGUCACUUAGAGAGCAGCCCCGCACGCUCCCCGCGCCUGCCUCGGUCCCCCAGACUGGGCCAUCGGAGGGCCAACAGCGGGGGCGGGAGCGGCGCGGGGGGCAAGACGCUCUCCAUGGAGAACAUCCAGUCUCUCAAUGCUGCCUACGCCACUUCGGGUCCCAUGUACCUGAGCGAUCACGAGGGCGUGGGCUCCACGGCCACCUACCCCAAAGGCACUACCACUCUGGGCCGGGCCACCAGCCGGGCCAUGUACGGGGGCCGCGUCACGGCCAUGGGCAGCAGUCCCAAUAUCGCUUCGGUGGGGCUGCACCAUGCUGACCUUCUGUCUUACAGUGACCUGGGCUCCAUCUCCAUGCUGCACUCCCACCACCACCACCACCAGGGGGUGCCCUCCGCCCUGCUGAGGCAGGCGGUGCGGAGCAGUGGGGGAGAACUGCUAGAGAUGCAGGCCCAGUUCAGGGAUAUGCAGAGGGAGAAUGAGAUACUGCGCAGGGAGCUGGACCUGAAGGACAGUAAGCUGGGCUCCUCCACCAACAGCAUCAAGAGCUUCUGGAGCCCCGAGCUGAAGAAGGAGCGCAUCAUGAGGAAGGAGGAGGCGGCGCGAACGUCUAUUCUUAAAGAGCAGAUGAGGGUCACUCAUGAGGAGAACCAGCUGCUGGAUGCCAGGAGAACAAAGCAUCUCCAGAUGACCAUCCAGGCUCUGCAAGACGAGCUUCGCACGCAACGAGACCUCAACCACCUGCUGCAACAGGAGAGCGGCAACCGCUCAGGCGCCGACCACUUCACCACCAUCGAGCUUACCGAAGAUAACUUCCGGCGGUUGCAGGCCGAGCACGAUCGGCAGGCCAAGGAGCUGUUCUUGUUGAGGAAAACCCUGGAGGAGAUGGAGCUGAGGAUCGAGACCCAGAAGCAGACCCUGGGAGCCAGAGACGAGUCCAUUAAGAAGCUGCUGGAGAUGCUGCAGAGUAAAGGGCUGCCGUCGGGGCCCGGCAGGGUGUCUGAAGAGGAGGAGCAGGAGAGGAACAGGCGCAUCGCUGAGGCUGAGGCCCAGCUCGGACACCUGGAGGUCAUUCUAGACCAGAAAGAGAAGGAAAACAUUCAUCUACGAGAGGAGUUACACCGAAGAAAUCAACUGCAUCAGGAUCCCAGCAAAACAAAGGCCCUGCAAACCAUCAUUGAAAUGAAAGACACCAAGAUUGCCUCGCUGGAGCGCAACAUUCGAGACCUGGAGGAUGAGAUCCAAAUGUUGAAGGCCAACGGCUUGCUGAACACAGAGGACCGUGAGGAGGAGAUCAAGCAAAUGGAGGUCUACAAGAACCACUCCAAGUUUAUGAAGACCAAGAUUGAUCAGCUCAAGCAGGAGUUGUCCAAGAAGGAGUCAGAGCUGCUGGCUCUGCAGACCAAACUAGAGACCCUCAACAACCAGAACUCGGACUGCAAACAGCACAUCGAGGUCCUCAAAGAGUCUCUCACUGCCAAAGAGCAACGUGCGGCCAUCCUGCAAACAGAGGUAGAUGCUCUGCGUCUGCGUCUGGAGGAGAAGGAGUCCUUCCUCAACAAGAAAACCAAGCAGCUGCAGGACCUGACGGAGGAGAAAGGCACACUCGCUGGAGAAAUCAGGGACAUGAAGGACAUGCUGGAGGUCAAAGAAAGGAAAAUCAAUGUCCUGCAGAAGAAGAUUGAGAACUUGCAGGAGCAACUGAGGGACAAAGACAAGCAGCUGAGCAACUUGAAGGACCGCGUCAAGUCUCUGCAGACCGACUCCACCAACACCGACACUGCCCUGGCCACCCUGGAGGAGGCGCUGUCCGAGAAGGAGCGAAUCAUCGAGCGUCUGAAGGACCAGAGGGAGAGGGAAGACCGAGAACGUCUGGAGGAAGUGGACGCCUACAAGAAGGAGAACAAGGACCUCAAAGAGAAAGUCAACAGCCUGCAGAUAGAAUUAACAGAAAAAGAGUCCAGCCUCAUCGAUCUCAAGGAGCAUGCGUCUUCUUUGGCGUCCUCUGGCCUCAAAAAGGACUCCAAGCUCAAGUCACUUGAGAUCGCCAUUGAGCAGAAAAAGGAAGAGUGCAGUAAGUUGGAGACGCAGUUACAGAAGAAAGCCCACGAGGUGGAGCAUCAGUCGGGCCCCAGAGGGAACCCGGACUACGUGGACCGGGUGAAGCUGCUGGAGAAGGAGGUGAGCUUCUACAAGGACGAGGCCAGCAAGGCUCAGAUGGAGGUGGAGAGGCUCCUGGACAUCCUGCGGGAAGUGGAGACCGAGAAAAACGACAAAGACAAGAAAAUCGCCGAUUUGGAAAGCCCCCUUCCUUCCUCUGCCUUUCGCCCUACCCCUCGUCCGGGUGGCAGAGCCCCCCCUGACCCGCUCCCCGCUGUGUCCGCCGCCCCCCAGCAGAUAGGGGGCAUGGUGUGGGACUUCCUGGGAAAACAAGGAGGCAAAGAGCAGACCAAGAAGGGCCAGAACAUCAAACUAGGACCCCAAGGGGACAAGAAAAGCUUGGGACAGGACACACGUAAGGACAGCUCUUUGGACGGCGGCCAUCAUUCGAAGCUAGAGGAGCUGAUGAACACCCUGGAGAGGACGAGGCAGGAGCUGGAUUCCACCAAGCAGCGUCUCUCGUCCACGCAGCAGUCCCUGCAAGAGCGGGACAGUCACCUGACCAACAUGAGGCAAGAGCGAAGGAAACAGCUGGAGGAGAUUUUAGAGAUGAAACAACAAGCUCUGCUGGCUGCCAUCAGUGAGAAAGAUGCUAAUAUUGCACUGCUGGAACUGUCUGCCUCCAACAAGAAGAAGACCCAGGAGGAGGUGAUGGCCCUCAAGAGGGAGCGAGACAAACUGAUGCACCAACUUAAACAGCAUACUCAAAGCAGAAUGAAGCUGAUCGCUGACAACUAUGAGGAUGAACAAUACCACCUCCAUGGUCCACACCACGCCCAGCCCCAGGCCCCUCAGCCUCAGACCCAAUACCCCCACCCGCCCCAUGGCCAGCAGGUCUCGUACGCACACAGCCCUCACAUGCAGCACUCGCAGCACCCACAGACCACCCCGCAGCACCCUCACCCACAGCAGCCACAACUUCAGUACCCUCACAGUCAACACCCGCAGCAGCACCCUCAACCGCCUCCCCAGCAUCCACAGCAUCAACAGCAUCCACGCCCCCCACAUCCCCAACAUCCACACCAACAGCACCUCCAGCAUCCACCGCAGCACCCGCACGGGCAUCCUCCGCCACAGCACCCGCACCCCCAGCAUCCUCAGCAUCCACAUGGGCCUCCUCAACAGGGGCCUCACCCUCAACAUCCGCAUCCCCAGCAUCCCCAGCACCCUCAGCAUCCCCAGCAUCCCCAGCACCCCCAGGCCCCACACCAUGGCCAGCAUCCACGCCACCCGUCGCCUCAUCAUCGUGGAGGGCCGGGCCGAGGACCCCCACACGCUGGCCACCGCCCUUCCCCGGACCAGGACGACGAGGAAGGCAUUUGGGCGUAAUCCUUACUAUGACAACCAAAGUUCCAACGUUGUUUGGAGAGAUGAUUCAGUCACUGCUGGGGGAGCGCAGCCACACAAAGAAACAUGAGACCACCCACCAAACAUUUGUUACCUGCACUCGCCAAAGGAACUUUUGUUGUUUUUCUUUGUUUUUUUUGUGUGUUUGAAGGGGAGGAGACUGUGCAAAGUCCGGCUGGGAGACUGACUGAAGAGCAGGUGAUAUCGGAGCAGACCGUCUGACCUCCCCCUCACGUCACAUGACCUCUUCUUAUCCUCCUCUGGCUUCCUCCACCUUCCGCCCUGACGACCUGCGGCCUGACUUCCUGCCCGAAAGAGUAUCUCUCACACACAAAAAUACACUUUGGUACCUUUUUUUUUACUCCUCCCGCCUUCUUUGAGACAUGUGACUUCAUCUUGUUUUAACUGACGUCACCUCGUUUCCAGUCAGACGUAAUGACAAACAAUCUAUGCAGACGUCCGUGUCGCAUGGGUCCCUCCAUUCUCAACCAAUCAGAGCGGGCGAGGAAGUGAUGAGAAGGACCAAUCAGAGACUAUGCAUCUCCUCUUGUUGCAGGAUGUUUUUUUUGUUUUUUUUAAGCCACGGUGCUCCUGUUGGUGCUCCCAUCUUUCAACGGCGUCAGCUUGUGGCGAAGAAUACAGACACGUCGGAACAUAGUCCCGCCACAAGGGGGCGCUUCAAGAACACGAUGAUAAAGGUGAUCUUCAGUAAAUUCUUCUCUUGUGCGCCACCUCCCCCAAACAGCUGUUACUGCUCCCUCCCUUAAAAGAAGAAAGAUGUACACAUAUAUAUGAUAGAUCUACUAUACAUAGAGAGACAAAUCUAUAGAGUGUGUCUAUACGUGGUGCAAUUUCCAACUGACAAGAUCAAAGGUGUUUAUUUGUCCAUUAUGGUUAUUUUUAUAAGUGGGUGAAGCGGUGACUUUGUAACAUUCCCGUCUGGUGAUAGAAUGUGAAAGAAAAAAAAUCAACGUACAAAUCUAUUUGACAUUCCUUCGUCUUUGAGGCUGCGUUCACACUCGUCGCGUUUGGUUGGCUUGAAAGGAACUCUGGUGCGCACCAAACAAGUGAACUCUGGUCCGCUUUGGCUCACUCCAGCUCAAAUGUGAACUUUGCACGGACCAAAGACACAAGCAGUUCUAAGAUGCAUGAAGAUGACCAAAAAAAAGUUAUGAUUUUACAAGAAUAAAUGCAAAACCUACAUUAUGUUAUGAGAAAAAAGUCAUACAUUUACAAGAAGAAAACUAACAAGGAAAAAAAAUCAGACUAUUGCAAGAAAAAUGUAAUACUUUUACAUGAAUCAAGAUGUAAAAUUAUUCAAAAGUAUUGUAUCAACAGUCAAGUAACAAUAUUGCAAGAAAAAGUAAUAAUUUGGCACGAGAAAAGUAAUAGUAUUAAAAUAAGAACAUAAAAAUAUUACAAAAAUAAAUCAUCAUUUUAUGAGAAUAAAGUCAAAGUAUUGCACAAACAGAAUUCAUAAUGUGACAUGGAUACAAUUAUAAUAUUGCUUGACAAAAGUUAUAGUUCGGCAUGAAUAAAGUAAUAAAAUUAAAAUAGAAAAAUAAUAUUUUAGCAAAAAAAAACACAUGAAUGUGUAAUAAAGAAGUCAAAAUAUUGCAAGAAAAAAAAUCAUAAUUUUACAUGACCAAAACCAAAAUUUAAGCCCCAAAUAAGUUUAUCAUAUGAAAUAAUAAUGUAAUAAUUUUAAAGGAAUGAAGUCAUAGCAACCCAAGAAAAGAUAAUAAUAU